AGUUUGUGUAAGGGCGGAAGUGUUUGUGUAAGGGCGGAAGAGAGGCGCAUUGCCCUUGGAGCGCACGCUUGUCAGAAAUGGCAGAGGAACAUCAGAACCGGCUGCAAAAUGCAAUAGACUUUAUGGUGAAAAGCCUGGAAAGGGACAAUAUUAGGAAAAUGCAGCUGUAUAUGUUUGUAGGCACCUUUCAUGAAUAGCUGCAUUUUUGAUGGUGAUGGUACCCUGAUAGUGAAUCUGUAACCAGCAGUUCUUUGCAGGGGAAGAUGUUCCGGUGCAGCGCGCAGUGUUGUGAAGACAAUGGUGCCUCCAUGCAGCAGGUGCAUCACUGUAUCGAACAAUGUCACGCGCCUCUGGCUCAAGCACAGAGCCUGGUCUCAACCGAGCUGGCAAGGUUUCAGGACCGUCUUGCCCGCUGCACCAUGCACUGCAAUGAUAAAGCUAAAGAUUCCUUUGACUCUGGGAGCAAAGAGGCCCAGGUGAAAGCCCAGCUGGAGGGCUGUGUCAUUAAAUGUGCAGAGGAGCACAUGAACCUCAUUCCCAGUAUGACCAAGAAGCUAAAGGAUGCCUUGUCUCAGGCUGACAAAUAACUUUUUCCAGGAUAUGUAGGAAGAGGCAGUUCUGCUAGAGGCAUCCCAACAGUCUUUGGUGCUGCAGGAGAGCAUCAUGGAGCCCUAACUUGGCACAGGAGCUCUGUGAAUCGAUUGGAGGUGGCACCAGUUGAACAGUGGAACAAGAACGUUUCCUACGAAAACCAGCUGGACUACCUUACUAGCAAAGCAAGAUGACUGCAUAAUAAAGAAGCUGUCAUAGCGGACUUCUCAUACUGUCCAUGGCCUAUGUUGUCUAAAAAAAAAAAAUACAAACGAGUGAUUUGUACUUUUCUGUCAUUAUUAAAUUGCACCCUGAACCUUU